AUGGAAGGAAAUACCACAACAGAAACUUCAGGAUCUGAGUCUGAUAGUUAGUAUUAUGACUCUUUUGGAAAUUCAGUGUAAGGUAUAAUAGGCGAUUUUGAGUCAUUCGAUCAUAUGAUUCAUUAAGGCAUAUUAAUAGUAGAAUAAAAUAAUAAUGACAAGAAUAGUAAUCAACUCAACUAAAACUAUGCAAAUGAUGAAACAUAUGAAUCAAUAUAAUUCAAAGGAAGUAAUCAUUAACAAAAAAUAAAAGAAUUAAACUCUUCAAUUGGUGUAAGCUGCAUGUCCAAAAUUAUGCAUGAUACUAAGAUAUUUUACUUUUGUAAAAUGUAUAAAUUUUAUGCUAUUGCAUUGAUUUUCUUGAAUAAAUAGACCAAAUCUGAAGAUGAAAGAAAGCUUUUAUUUAACUCAUGUCAGAACUUUGAAAAACUUCAUAACAAAUUAAAAACCAUUAAUGAGUGUAAAAAUGACGAUUUCAUGAAAAUAAUUUAAAAAUAAAUAUCUCAUGUGAAAAUAAAUAAUUAAAAUGAGAUUAGAUCAAAUGAAAACUUGAUAUUAAAAAAAAUUGAAUAAGAAAGAAAAGAUUAUAUUAAAUCUCUUUUGAGAAAUUUAAAUUUUCUUUUGGAUUAAAUUAUUUGCUAAUUAGAUAAAUCAACAAAAUUGGAAAAAGUUGAAAAUUAAUUUUAUGAUCUAUUUGGUAAGAUGAAAUUUAAGCAUUUAAAUAGUCUCCUUUUUGAGAAUUAAAAUGAUUAGAAAGCAGAAGAAAUAAAAAGAGAAAAGAAAUUUUUAUCAGAAAACUUAACAAAGCUUACUAUAUCACAUAUUGAUGGUGAUCCAAUCAAAUGCCAAAAUUCACUAUUAUUUAAUUUAAAGUGA